ACAGAUGAACGGGUUGCAGGCUGUUAUCUAUGUUCUAAAUGAAGCACCAUAUGUCAGUAACGAGACGAGUUCAGACAGUAAUGCAGAGAACACUGUUGAAAUAUUGAAAGAAAAAAAACGGAAGAUGCAGAUUCGCGAGAACAUCGUAUCGGCGAUAACAAAGGUGAAUACGAGCAAUGUAGAAGUGAUGGUGUCUGUGACGUCCACACUGAAUCAGGUCACACUGCAGAAAGAGGAGCUUUCUACGGAAAUCAAAGAUCAAGCGUUUGAGAUGUACAAUACAUUUGUAGAGAAAUUUCAAGAGAUGGAAGAAACUACUUCUGAUGAAGAUGUCACUAGAACAGCCGCGACACUAUUGUUUGGUGUUGGAUCUGUUUUUGAUAUAACGACUGAUGAUUAUUCCGAAGAAGUUGAUAAGAGUAAAGAAAGUCAAGACACUUAUGACACUGAUUCAAGUGGUGACAAAACUACACCGUCUCCUAUCUCUAAAGAGGAAAAUAAGCAACGAGUUAAAGAAAGAACAGAAAAGCUGUUAAAAAGUGUAGGAGUUAUAAGUGAAAUAGUCUUCAAAAGACAGGAUGUUGACAGUGAACCAGCUUUAUUUGAAACUCCUGUUCUGAGUAUAGCAGUUGCUAAAGUGUCCCAAAAAAAUUUGGCUGGAAAACCGCUGAAGGCUGAAGAAGGCGACGAAGAUUCUACCACAAGUUUAGCUUUGCCUGCUGAUCUUGACCUAUCAGAUACUGGUGAUUCUGUUCGUACCGAGUUUGUUUUGAUGAAAAAGAAUCCUUAUGUAUGGGGUGAAAACUCUAAGAAUAUUAAGCCACCUGUCCUAUCGCUGGAACUGAAACAUUCACACAACGAUGUUUUGCAAAUUUCAAAUCUAUCUUCGCCAAUGAAAGUUAACUUGGCACAUGAUGGUGGUCAAGUGGCAGGCAUAAUAAGAUUGCUGUUAACUGUUGAAAAAAGCAACGGCACUGUUGCACUGGCUCCGAGUCGGGGACGCCCUUGUGCUGCGACAUUUGAACUCUCAGUGGAAAGGGAAAAAGUGACGUCAUUUUCACUAUCUCUACCAGGCAACGUAACAGCGUUAGUUUCUAUAGGAUUGCACACAAAGUUUAAUGUUACAAGUAUCAUAGGCUUAGGCUUUAGGUACCCGAAUGAUAUACAAAUCAUACGCCAAUUCUAUAGUAUGUUGUCAGAAACGGAGGCUGAAACAUUUGAUAAUGCAUCUAGGUACUGUGAAUUAUGCACUGAAUUUUGUUGCAACUCUAUGGAGAUAUGUACCGGCUUUUAUGAACACUGCAUCUAUUACUGCAAACACGUUAUUCAGAAUAAUGUUACAGAAAAUUGUACUGAAAUAUUCAACGCAACAGUGUACUGUGACAGUUGUCAGAAUCUGUGUUGUAAUGGAACAACAAAUUGUACGAGUGUUCUAGAAAACUGUUUAUUCUUUUGUAGUUUAUAUAGGGAAGAAAGUUUAACGGCUGAAUGUCGAAACCAUUUAUAUUACUCUAACUUAAGUGCAUUAGGAACCACAGUGAAGCAGUAUUGCGAAGAGUGUGACACCUUUUGUUGUGGUGGAACAGAAGAAUGUGCUGACAUGUAUUCUAACUGCAUUUUCUUUUGUUCAAAUUUUAUGUCAGAAAAUGUAACCUUAUCUUGUGGGAAGAAUAAAAAAUCCCUCGAGACCAUCUAUCUGUUUCCAAGAGAAUCCAGGAAAAAUGAUACAUCAUAUCAGAUGUAUUUUGCCCUGAGUGUUGAUCCAACAGACACAUAUGUUUUAGAACAUUUUUCACAGAUAGACCCGAAUUGCCUCGGAAAUGUGUCUGUAAAUUCCUGCACGGUUGAUAUUGAUCUGCAGGUUCCCCUAAAGGUUUCAACAAUGGACUGUGAAUUUUGGGAUGCUGUCAAUGAAACAUGGUCCACAAGUGGUAUGCAGAUAUCAAGAGAAAGUCAUGGUGACAUACUUAUCUGUACAUCAAGUCAUCUGACGGCUUUUUCAAAGACAAUGCUUGUUGCGCCAACAUUUAUUGACCCUCUGGACUUUGAACUGUUUAGUAACUUCUUUGACAACCCCGUGGUUGUGACAGUCGUUUUAGUUGUUUGGAUGUUAUACUUUUUCCUCGUGCACUGGGCCAGACAAAAGGAUAAACUGGACAGAGAAAAGGCUGGAGUAAUAUACUGUUCAGAUAAUGUAGCGACUCGCACAUACAGUUAUGUUGUGUGCAUAACCACAGGAUGGUGGAAUCAAGCUGGAACAACAGCAAAUGUUUAUAUCUAUCUUAAAGGAGCACUAUACAACUGCCCUAGAAAAUGUUUGAAAACGCCUGAAAGAAAAUGUUUCCAAACUGGUUACGAAGAUUGGUUUCUUAUUACCACAGAACACGGUCUAGGUGAUAUUAAGUCGGUUAGCCUUUGGCAUGAUAACAUGGGAUCAAGUCCUCACUGGUUUGUGAACCAGGUUUUUGUGAAAGAUAUCCAAAUGGACUGUUCCUGGACAUUUGUAUAUAACGACUGGCUGGCUGUAGAUCGAGGAAAUCUAUUGAUGACAACCACUACACUAAAACCUGUAACAGAGGAAGAAUUGAAAUUAAAAAGGAAAUAUAACUUUACAGUCACAUCUACACAAGACCUUAGAGAUGGUCAUAUCUGGAUGAGCAUCUUUUCAAAGUCUGCAAGUAAUACUUUCACAAGAGUACAACGACUAACAUGUUGCCUAACGCUGCUUCUGACGACCAUGUUGACAAAUCUGAUGUUUUAUGGAAUACCAACCGACGAUCCAGAGGAUCAGCUUGUUACUGGUGGUUUCAGGUUAUCCCUUUCUCAGAUUAUUAUAGGCGUAGAAAGCGGUCUGAUAAUGUUUCCAAUGAAUCUACUUAUUGCGCAGCUCUUCUCAAGAGUGAAGAAAAAACCACAAAAGGAAGAACCUCACAUACCAAUAGAACACUUUUUAGAGGCUAUCUAUGGGACAACAUGGCAGAAAGUGAUGAUGGACAUAAAUGAACGGCUUAUGCUUUUGACUAAAACGCAUAAUAUUGAAGGAAUGAAAUAUUUCACGAGGGUCCCAAGGCCAACGGAAAAGACUGUUUUAGAAGCUUGCACAACCGAAGUUGAAAAGAAAAAAGAUGGAAAGAUAUUUCCUUGGUGGAUUGUUUACAUAGCGUGGACUUUAUCCAUUACAACAUGCUUAACUUCUUCUUACUUUGUCGCACUGUAUGGACUUAAGUUUGGAUAUACCCGCAGCGCAGAGUGGCUAGUAUCCUUUUUCACAGGUUUCUUCCAGAGUGUAUUUGUUCAACAGCCAAUAAAGGUGUUUGGCAUUGCGUUCAUGUUGACGUUAGUAUUCAAGAAAACCGCAAACUUUGAUGACAGUAUCCCGGAAAGGAAACUAGAUUUGGACGAAGAAUACUUGCGUUCUGUAUGUAUUAAGCCACCAGAGACCCACCAGCUUGUAAUGGAACCGCUCCCUAAAAGACUUCUUGAUCAAAUAAAGGAAAGAUUAAAGAUUGAAUGGUUUAUGAAUGUAACAAUAAGGGACAUUAUCUUACACAUCUUCUAUUUAUCUGUGAUACUGACCAUGGUUCAUGCACAUCGCAACAUCACCCAUGCUUUUCAAAAUUCGGAAACAGUCAGGUCGUUGUUUGUGAGACCUUCCAACGGGUUUCAUUUGGAAAAGGUAACGAACGCUGAGGAAUUUUACGCAUACCUGCAUGAAACAGUUGUACCUGCAAUGGCCGAUAUAACUGCCGAUCACGAGUAUGCCACACUGGGGUCCAAUCAUUACCUUGUCGGAACAUACAGAUUGCGGCAACUUAGAAUCAAACGAGACGUAUGUGCGACAGUAAUACCUGGUGAUUGUAAAGGGCCAUACUCGAUGAAUGAGGAAGAUACGAGAGAUUAUAAUCAGUCUUGGUCAGACAUUAAGUCAGAUGAUGACGAUAUUGUAGAAAUUGAUCACUGGACACAUCGCAGUACUUGGGACCUACAAACUUUACCGUAUCCUGGAACACAUGCAUCAUAUUCGGGUGGUGGAUAUGUUUUAGAACUGCCUGCAAACGUAGCCCUUCAUUCAGCCAUUUUCUCCAGUGUAUUAAAUGAGGGCUGGAUAGAUGAUUACACACGAGCAGUGUUUAUAGAGUUCACACUAUAUAACCCGAACGUUGAUCUUUUUACUGUAUGCAUGUACCUUUUUGAAUUUACCAACGUUGGGCGUGUAUUUCCAAUGAAUCAUGAGUUCACUUCAAGCCUUUAUCACUACUCGACGGAUUACCAGAUUGUCGUCGCAGUUUGUGAAGUGUUGUUUGUGUGCUUCACUAUUUUAAUCGUUUGCAUUGAAGUCAAAAAAUUAAAACAUGUUGGAAAAGCAGAAUACUUUUCAGAUGUUUGGACAUUCGUCGAACUUGCACAGAUUGCUCUGUCUAUCGCCGUUUUAGGGUUGUUUAUAAAAUGGUUUGUUACUGUAGACAAUGUUCUCCAAGAAUUCAAAGACUCGCAAGGUAAAUAUUUCAUAAACUUUCACUCCGCAAUAUUUUGGGACUUUGCUUUUGGCUACGUAUCGGCCGUUCUAAUUACUCUGAUGACACUGAAGACUGUGAAACAUGUGCGAUACAACAAAAGAAUACACAUCAUUUUCGAAACAUUAAACAUUGUCCGAACUGUUUUUCUGGGAUAUGUGUUAAUGUUUGCAAUUGUAACCAUAGCCUUCGCACAUACUGGAUUCUUGAUGUUCGGUUAUUAUAUGGGGGAUUACAAAACAUUUUACGACUCUUGGUUUGCAAUAAUAAUUGUUCUUCUAGGCGUCGGAGAUUUUGUUGGAAUGCAAGAUUCUGCACGAAUCAUUGGGCCUUUGUUCAUUGUAGCCAUUAUAAUGACGUGCCAGUACGUGUUUUUGGUCAUGAUGACAACGAUAUUGAACGUGGAAAGGCUAGAAGCCAAACAUAAACUAUCAAAAAGGAAGAGCAAGGUUACGCUGAUUAGAUACAUCAUCAGUAGAGUGAAAUUGGUCCUCAACAUUAAGUAAAAAAGAAAGAAAUCAUAUUUUGUUAUAAGGAAUAAGCGAGCGAUAGCAAACAUCGCGUUUUCGCUCAGGGAAAAACAAAAUGUGUUUUAUAAUAUUUAAAGGGAAAUAACAGAGAAUAUAUAUGUAUGUACAGUUGCCUACAUUUAUGAAUUCUAAAUGUAACAGAUGAUAGUUAGAGCGAAAAGCA